CGCGCACUCGCCCCUCGCCCAAGCAUUGAGCCAACAGCCCCUUCCGCGCAAGGCACACACAUGCUGCAUAUCACGCAUAGGCGCAUAGCGGGCCUGCACCCCCUCCUCACAUUCCUCUUCGUCUUCACCUGCGUGUUCGCACACAUGACCGUCGGUACGUACAACCAGUCCAGUGCAAACAACGACAGCUUUGCCUCCGCCUCCAUGCGAGCCAAGCGCCCCGCCCCGCUCCCGUAGCGCAAAACCAUAGCCAUCAAGGCGGGCCUCCUCGUCAGCAUCUACCUCUGCAACAACCUCCUCGCUUAUAUGCCAGCGUGGGCGUGAGUCGUGGUUGCUUCCACGUGGUGUGACACCUGUUCGACGACAUACCGUACGCGCGGUGGAACACGUUCACUUGGAACUCGCUGCUAUCGAUGUGCGCGAAGUCCGGCCGCCUCCCUGACGCCCGUGUCGUGUUCGCCAAAAUGCUCAAUCGGGACGCCAUGUCCUGGACCAUCAUGGUUGUCGGGCUCGGCUCAACUGCUCCGGUCGGUUCUAGGAUGCUGUGAAGACAUUCCUGUACAUGGUCGGUGAAGGGUUUGCGCCGUCGCAGUUCACGCUCAUGAACGUGCUUUCAUCACGCGCUUCGUCGUCAAGCUGGGGCUAAGCAGCUGCGUGCCUCGUGGCUCAUGGCCAACUUCGUGCUCUACAUGUAUGGCAAGUGUGGGGAUGCUGAGACAGCGAGGGCUGUGUUUGAGAGGAUGCAGAUGCGGAGUGUGUCACGCUGGAAUGUCAUGGUGUCGUUGUACAUCCACCAAGGGAGGAUGGACCUUGUUGUGUCCAUGUUCGAGAACAUGGUAGAGCAAACCAUUGUCACUUGGAAAACCAUCAUAGCAGGGUAUAACCAGAAUGGGCUUGAUGGCAUGGCAUUGAAUUUCUUCUCACGAACGCUGAGUGCUUCUUCCAUGGAGCCAGAUGCAUUCACAGUGGUUAGUGUCCUAUCAGCUUACACUAACCUUCGCAUGCUGAAGAUUGGAAAACAGAUGCACUCUUAUAUCUUGAGAACUGGAAUGUCGUGCAGGAGUCAGAUCAUGAAUGCUCUCAUCUCAACUUAUACAAAAUCCAGAAGUAUUAAGACUGCAAGGAGGAUCAUGGACCAGGCAGUGGUUGCUGAUCUGAAUGUUAUCUCCUUCACGGCUCUCCUAGAAGGCUAUGCCAAGCUUGGAGACACAAAGCAGGCAAGGGAACUCUUCGACGUUAUGAAUAAUCGAGAUGUCAUUGCCUGGACUCCUAUGAUUGUUGGCUAUUAGCAGAAUGGUCAAAAUGAUGAGGCCAUGGAACUCUUCAUGUUAAUGAUCAAAAGUGGCCCAAAAUCAAACAGUCAUACGCUUUCUGUUGUUCUCAGCCUGUGCAAGCUUGACAUAUCUUGAUUAUGGGAAGCAGACCCACUGCAAGGCUAUGAGGUCCUUACAGGAGCAAUCUGUCUCGUCAACAAUGCCAUUAUCACAGUGUACGCAAGGUCAGGCAGCGUGCCACUGGCUAGAAGGGUGUUUUAUUAGAUUUGCUGGGGCAAGGAAAUGAUUACAUGGACUUCAAUGAUCGUGGCUAUGGCUUAACAUGCUUUGGGAGAACAAGUCGUUGCCAUUUUGAAGAAAUGAUCCGUGUCGAUAUGAAACCAGACCGUAUAACAUACGUCGACUUGCAUUCCAGCCUACGUGCAUGCUGGUUUUGUAGACAAAGGGAAGAGGUACUAUGAGUAGAUGUAGAAUGAGCAUGGCAUUGUAUCAGAGAUGAGCCAUUACAAAUUUAAUGUCUUUUUAAGAGUCAAACAGUUGGGCUCUAGUAUUUGCAGUUGUCGGAGAGCAAAUCUCCGGCCGGGUAGCGGAGAGUCAAACAGUUGAGACAGCGAGGGCUGUGUUUGAGAGGAUGCAGAUGCGGAGUGUGUCACGCUGGAAUGUCAUGGUGUCGUUGUACAUCCACCAAGGGAGGAUGGACCUUAUUGUGUCCAUGUUCGAGAACAUGGUAGAUCAAACCAUUGUCACUUGGAAAACCAUCAUAGCAGGGUAUAACCAGAAUGGGCUUGAUGGCAUGGCAUUGAAUUUCUUCUCACGAACGCUGAGUGCUUCUUCCAUGGAGCCAGAUGCAUUCACAGUAAUUAGUGUCCUAUCAGCUUACACUAACCUUCGCAUGCUGAAGAUUGGAAAACAGAUGCACUCUUAGGUAGCGUUUGGUUCUAGAGCCUAGUUGAAUGGAACGGUUCUAUUCAAAAUUCUGAGGAUAGAACGGUUCUGUUCUAUGUUUGGUAGUUAGAACAGAGCCGCUCUAUUUUUUGUUUGGUUCUAGAGCGAAGUAGAAUGGAGUGGCUCCGACGUGUGUUUGGUUACAAUGUAGCAGAUCUCAAUGGUAUGA